ACAAAAAAUACAAUCAACCAAUAAUUUUCUUUUUCUUUUAGCCUCAAAUUAAGAAAAAUGGCAUCCAAAAUCAAUGUGAUGGCUCUAGUCAUGGUUCUAAUUGUGGCUAUUAAUUGGAAUGGAGCUUUAGCUCAAUCAAGUUGUAUGACUACACUUGUAGGAUUAUCACCUUGUUUGAAUUAUGUUAGUGGAAAUUCAUCAACACCAUCUUCAUCUUGUUGCACAUCACUAUCUAGUGUUGUCCAAUCCAAUCCCCAAUGCCUUUGUGUGUUGGUUAAUGGUGGUGGUUCUAAUCUUGGUAUUGCUAUUAAUCAAACUCUUGCUCUAGGAUUACCUAGUGCAUGCAAUUUACAAACUCCUCCUGCCAGCCGGUGCAAUGCUGCAAAUGGACCAACAGGUUCAGCUGAAGUACCAGCAAGUUCUCCUGCAGGUUCAACUACCCCAUCUGAUUCCUCUAAUGAAAUCCCAGCAACUCCAGGUGCUACAGGUUCAAAAACAGUUCCUUCAACACCUGGAUCAUCAUCAUCAUCUGCAGGAAGCAACUCAAAAUUUUCUAUCAGUACUUUAGUUGGGUUCCUACUGUUUGUUGCUUUGACCACCAGGGGAUUCUGAAGUUUUUUGGAGAAAAAAGUCAUUUUUAUGUCAAUGUUGUAUUAAAAUUACUGUUGUUAUUAUUCUUUUGGUUCCUCUGUUUUAGCAGGAGUGUCAUACUGGUUGUAAUUUACCUAUAUUAUUUAUUGUCACUUAUUUAAUUUUGAGUAA